GUGUAUGUGUGUGUGUGUGUACGCGUUAUAAUAGUAUUAUAAUAAUAUAUCGAUCACAUGUUAUGUUAUAUAUCUUUUUUAUGACAUAUAGAAUUUUACAGUUACCGCAUGAAACGUAUGAUGAGCGUAGAUAUUUUACAACUAUCUACAGCUAAAAGUUAUAUUAUAUUCCAUGAUAAAAUAACCGCUGCAGUGGAUAUCCAUAGAAAAGCACUUGAGUUUUCGGAUUUAUUAAAAACUAGCUUUGGACUAUCAUAUUUGUUUAUGAUUAUAAUAGCGAUAUGUACGGCAACUAUAAGUUUUUUUCGUCUAUUUCGUAUAAUCACAAUGCAACAGGAAAAAAUGGAAAUUAUUAAAUUAGUCUGUUACUUAGUUUUUGUUUUCUUAUUUUUAAUUAUAGGUAAUUUUGUUGGGCAAGAAUUUAUAAAUUGUGACGAACAUGUUCAUCGAAUGAUAUGCAAUACAAAAUGGUACAAUACUCCACUAAAGAUACAAAAAUUGAUACUCUUUUUGAUUAGAAAAACUACAAAAAGUUAUAAAGUUGACGCUGCUGGUUUAUUCAGUCCCUGUUUGGAAGGUUUAGCCGCGGCUAUGAGUUUAUUGCUUUCAUUUCUCACAAUUUUAUGUUCCAUAUAAUGUGUGUAUGUGAUUUCAAUAUUAUAAUUGUUAAGGGGAUUCGGGAAUGACAGAGUCCAAUUACCGACAUUUUUUGGGGAACUUGGAUUUUUGAAUUGGAAUAACAGAAUGCAAAAUCCUUUUACAGGAUUAAAGUACGACAAAAAUAAAGAGGGCAACGUACGAUUUGUUUUGAUAAAUAAAAAAAAAUUGUUAUUUAUUAGUCAUCUAACGACAAUAUUUGCUUUAUACAAAAAAUCUACAGUUCAUAUAUAUAAAAUAAUCACGUCGCCCCCCCCCCCCCCUUAGAAAAAACUCUCAGGAAUAAUAUUGUGUAAUUAGAAAUAAGAUUAGAAGACUAGAGAAAAAGAUUCGCAUUCCGCAAGGUCUUCGAAAUGAAGCAACGUCGACGGCGGUUCACGAUUGGAUGGGUGAUCGUUUUUCUCGGAGAAGCAUUAAGCAAUGCUAGAUGUGCCUAUAGUUUGUAUUAAAUUGGAAAGAAAGUUUUUAUAGGAGGCAUGAUAAAUUUUACCGUGUGUAGUAAGAUAAUUUAUACUUAGUGCUCUUGUCUAUUUUUUAGUAAGACAUAAAUAAUAAUUUUUAUCCUUUACUUUCUAAAAAUUAAGCAAAUUAAAAGAAUUUUUCCUCUUCAAAACAAUUGCACCCACAUUCCUAUAAAUCACAGUAAUUUUUGACGAAUUUUUGACAUGUUUUUUUUUUAAUUAGAAAGAAUAAAUUUUAAGAUUAAUGUUAACAAGAUUUUAACGAGGAACUUGUGAAAAAUGAUAACAAACUUUUACUUUUUUCAAUUAAAAAAAGACAUGUUUGGUUAUGCGCAAUACAAAAGAGUCACUCAACAAAUUAAACUUUCGCCCAGGAAUUCUUAAAGUAGAGUCUUCGCCCUUUAAUUUAAAAAAAGUUCAUGUAAUUUGGAUAAUUUUUCACAAAGUUAAGUCACAUUGAAGAUACUUAAUAAUAACAAAUAAAACUGAAUAAUAAUUUACUUAGAAUGUCUAUUUUCCAACCUUUUAAUCAAACUUAAUUUUUUUAGACUGUUUUUGAAUUUUACUUUUAAAUUCUAACUGUUUUACUUCACUCAUAUUUCUAUCAGAUUAUCGUAUAUUAUACUAUAACAUUAUAAUUAUUAUCUUAACUGUCUGUUGUGCACCCGUUGACUGUCUACAUAAUACUGAACCCUUCUCCCCAUACAGUAAAUCUACAAGCGACUUGCGCUUGCGCCGACA